CGUAGAAAAGAAUGAAAACUUACCCAUGUUCCUGAAUGGAAGAAAACAGGAAAUGGUCGAACCAAGAGGCAAACGAAACAACGGUAACGUUAAAAUGGCCAUUAGAAGGGAAUGUGGUUACAUGGUAGAAUUUGUAUCAACUCUGGAAUCUCAAUCCAAAUUAAUUGGUACCUUAGAUAUUCCGAUUCUCAGCCCUGGAUUCGAAAAUCUAAAUAAUGAAAAAGUACCUGACCCAAUAUGCGAG